AAAUACAAGAAUUCUCAUUCAUUUCAGCCAAAAUUAAUUAUUUUCUAAAUAAAUAAUAAAUAAAUACUAAAUCCACACAAUGAGUUCUUCAAAAUUAAAGAAAAAGUCAAAAUCAUCUAAAAUCCCUGAACCAAUUAAAAUCAAAAAGGAGGAUGACCAUCUCAUAAUGCCCAUGGAACAUUAUGUCGACGAUAGAGUUGAAUUAAUUCGACAAAUAUUCUCAUCCCUGAAACCAAAAACGAUCACAAAUUUAGCUCCAGACUUCUUAAAGAAAAACAAUUUGGAAGACAUACAAGAACAGUGCUUAAAUGAGAUCCUUGGGAUUUCAAAGAAACGUCUCCUGUCCAUCAUCAAUUCAACCAAAUGUCCAACCGACACAGAGACUUCAAGUGAGGAUGAAGUAAAUGCUGUAACUGAGCACAUAUCCCUGGAAGAGAUAUCAUCAGACAGCGAUAUUGCCGAAUCCAAGGUUUCCAAAGGCGCCGGCAGAAAGAAACAAAAGGUGAAGAAGGAAGCCACCGAUGAUGGAAACAAACAAUUCAGUGUGUUGGAACUUCUUGAAUUACAAGCCAGAGCCCGUGCUAUUCGCUCGCAGCUAGCUCUAGAGCCGGUUACCAAAAUAGAAGUCAACACAGAUUCCGAGGAAGAGGGACCACCAAAGCAGAGGCCUCCAUCAGCUGCUGCCGCACGUAAAAAAUCCAGCAAAACCACAAAUGGUAGCUCAUCAAAUGGAAAAUCUUCUGAAGCUGGCAAAAAAACAUCAAAUUCAACCCUCACCGUUAUAAUACCAAAUGGAGAACCUGCUGUUCCAUCGAAACGUAUCAAAUUGAAACGGAAUUUCCGUAAACAAACUCAAGGCGAGGAGAAUAGCUACGAUGAGAGUAAAUCAACUGAAACUGACAAUCGAAAAACAACUGAGGAAGUUGUUCCCAAAAAAGAAGCCCGCUCACCAUCGCCUGAUGUGAUUCCAAUUGUUGCUGUUCCCGAAACCCUCUGCAUAAGUGAUUCGGAUGAGGAGAAAAAAGUUGCUAACAAUCAAGUAGAAACUGCUGUUCCUGAGACGGCAACAUCGACUGUAGCGGUGGCUAAGAGUUCUCAACAGCUGGAAAUCUUAAGCGUUGUAAAUAUCGAAGCUCCUCCAAAGAAACCUGACAAUGCAGAUGAGCCUUCGAAAGUCAGUACUUCACCCAAAGAAGUUGAAAAACCAGAAAGUGAAGAAGAAGGUGAAAUUGUGGACGAAGAUGAAGAAGAACCUAAAGUAAAAAAAAUUGAGACUACUGCUUCUGAAACCGAUAAAACUGACAACUCUAUAAAUCAAGCGGAAGGUAACAGCAAAGAUCCUGACACUACUCAGACUGUGGACAAAAUUGACUCCGAGAAAAAACCGUUUUCCGAAAACAAAGAUCAGGCUUCAGAAAGGGUGGAACUUUCCGAGAGUGAAGAUGAUGACAAUGACGAUGUGAUUUCUCUAGAAGGCGGAGAUCUUGUCAAUGAGAUGAAGGAACACAUGGAAGAUGAUGUGGAGGAGGUGACAAAGCCCGAAGAUAUCAUUUGUUUAGAUGAUUCAAGUGAUGAAGAAGCAAAAAUAAAAAAGAAAACAGAAUCUUGGAACGAUCGAUGGCUAAAUAGCAGAAGAGUUAGCAAAGUAUUAGCAGCAUCCCGACUAGGCAAUAAGGUGCGAAAUAAAAUCAAAGAAUCUAAGAAAGCCAAGAAAAUAGAAGAAGCAGCAGCAAAUGAGAAAGCUCUAGAGAAACCCCAGCAAGUGAUUUUCAUAUCAAAACAUGAAAUGGGUUCUGUAGAACAAUAUAAAGAGUUAUUGGACAGUUUACCAAAAAAAUCUACAGACUGAAAAGUAAAUUAGUAAAAAUAGUUUAUUGUGUUGAUUUAAGACUCAGAAUUUCAUGAACAAAAAUAAAAAUUAAUUUUACAGCUUAAAAGUGCUGUGCACGAAGAA